AUGGAGGACAACAAACAGCAGCGGCUGUCUGCUCUGGAGACCAGCAUACAGAACAUUGAGGCCGUACUCACCCGCCUCAUCUCUCAACAACAACAACCCCCUGCCCCUGCCCCUGCCCCUGCUCCAGCUCUGACAGCGGGUCCAGGUGUUUCUACUGGCGCCAGCCCUGCGCGCCCCCUUAUCCGCCCAAAUCCUCCCUUCUCCUUUGAUGGGGAUCACACCCUGGGCAAGAGCUUCUUGCACUCGGUGAAGCAGUACUGGCGCCUGCUUCCUGAGGCAUUCUUUGUGAAUAGGGCAGUCUCGGAGGAAAAGGUAGUCUGCUUUGCCCUGUCCUACAUGUCCAAGGACUCCACGGCCUCCUGGUCCAAGUGCAUGUCUGAGUGCACCCCAUUCCUGUUCCCUACUUGGGCUCUCUUUGUCACCAAGUUCAAGCUUCGAUUCGUUGAGGAGAACAAGCAAGACCACGCCCUAGCACAACUGGAGACCCAUCUGUAUUAUAUGGGCUCCCGUGACGUGUUCAAGUACAUGGACAAAUACGACGACCUCCUUGACCUCACUGGCUAUACCAACAAUCUGGUCAAGGUGACCAAAUAUAGGACGGGCCUGGACCCGAAGAUCAACCAGGCUAUCACCACCUCUGGCAACCAUCCCAGGCUUACUGACUACGCUAAGUGGCAUGUCUGUGCGUUCCGGCAGUACAAUGUGGAACAGGCUGCCAAGGCCUCUCGAGGCCACAUCCCUUCCCCUUGA